GGUCUGGGGGGAGUCGGUGUGGUGUACUUCACCACCCCUCCUAUGGGUUUACAGAGAGUUAGUGCAAGAUAUUCUGCUCUGGGAGUGAGAGUGCAAGGAUAAACGGCACAUACACGCUGCGCAUCGGUGUCACACCGAACAGCCCUUUUAUUAAGGCUGGUAUCUCCAAGUGGGAUCGACUCUGAGGUUUCACAGCUCUUUUAUUUUUUUUCUUUUGCACAAAUGCCUUCAUGAUCUUUUCUUUUUUUUUUUUAACCUUGUGUCUGCGUCGGCUGAUUAUUGAUGGAGCUCCGCGAACUUGAAACAUGACGGGACACGAGUGUCUCUUCUUGGGUUCACCUCGUCGGCGCCUUCACCUUAACAGGUAGCCGGGGGGAGAGAGAGAGGAAAGAAAAAGAAAUAAAGAGAGAAAGAAAGAAAAAAAAACGCCGGUUUUCUCGGGACGGGUGCGGGAGAUGAGCAUUGAUUUCGGGACCCGUUCUAAUGGAAGACACCACAAACCACUGACCACCUGGCUCUGUCUGCUGGAGAGCAACGCUGAUCACCGCAACCACCGCAGGUCGCACAAUUAGAUCCUGUCCAUUCCUGAAGUUAAAUGGGGGGAAAAGGAACUGCGACAUAUGCAGCCUCUAAAUUACCCCAGUUUGUGUGACCAGCUGGUUUUACCCAAAACCUGUUCUUGAGUCUGAUUACUCCUACGGGGCGAUUAUUAUUACCCCCCCCCCCCCCCCUCUCUCUUUUCCUGGAUCCAAAGCCAGAUCUGACUGAGAAGGAUAUCUUUACCCCGAAUAAGCUCGCAGGCACACUGGAUGAGAAGACUAUGAGCUGACACACUCCAGUUUUUCUCCUGAGCUGGAACGGAUUUGGGUUUGUCUGUGGAAGAUUCCUGCCAUCACAUGCCAGGAGUCACUGCCUGUAACAGCGCUGCAUAGAAAGAAACCUUUGAGUUGUGAAGGCUGGAAACACAUUUACACCGUCAUGGAUCUAAAAGACUAUUACCUGUUGGGAGCCCUACUUGCCUGCAUAUGGCUAGAUCCUUCUAUAGCCCAAGAGCUAAUCUACCCCAUCAGAGAGGAGUUGCAAGAAAAUGUCCUUAUUGGAAACAUACCAAAGGACCUAAACAUUUCCCAUACAAAUGCUGCCACCGGAGCAAGUGCUAAUCUCGUGUACCGGCUUGUCUCCAAGGCAGGAGAUAACCCGCUGGUCCGCGUUCUGAGCAGCACUGGUGAGAUAUUCACAACAUCAAACCGGAUCGACAGGGAGAAGUUGUGCCCCGGUCCCUCGUUUGAGGACAGUGAGUGCUCCUUUGAAAUUGAAGUGGUCAUUCUGCCUAAUGAUUAUUUCAGGCUGAUUAAGAUCAAAAUAAUCGUCAAAGACACAAAUGAUAAUGCCCCCAUGUUCCCGUCCCCUGUGAUCAACAUCUCCAUCCCCGAAAACACGCUCAUUAACAGCCGCUUUGCCAUUCCUUCUGCCACUGACCCAGACACUGGCCCCAACAGUGUCCACAAAUACGAGCUGAUCAACGGGCAAAGUGCCUUCGGCUUAGACAUAGUAGAAACGCCUGAGGGGGAGAAGUGGCCCCAGCUCAUUGUGCAGCAGAAUCUGGACAGAGAGCAGAAGGAUACAUACGUAAUGAAGAUCAAAGUGGAGGACGGUGGCAGUCCACAGAAAUCCAGUACUGCCAUUCUACAAGUUACAGUAACAGAUGUCAAUGAUAACAGACCGGUGUUUAAAGAGAGCCAGAUAGAGGUGCACAUACCGGAGAACUCGCCUAUUGGCACGUCUGUUGUGCAGCUUCAGGCCACAGACGCAGACAUAGGGGCAAAUGCAGAGAUACGUUACGUAUUUGGGACUCAGGUGUCUCCUGCUACAAAAAGACUCUUUGCAUUAAAUACAACAUCUGGCUUAAUUACAGUGCAGAGGCCCCUGGACAGAGAAGAGACUGCUAUUCAUAAGCUCUCUGUUUUAGCUAGUGAUGGCAGCUCUAGUCCUGCCAGAGCUACUGUUACCAUAAAUGUGACUGAUGUUAAUGACAAUCCACCUAAUAUAGACCUGAGAUACAUAAUCAGCCCCAUUAAUGGCACUGUUUUCCUCUCAGAGAAGGAUCCCAUCAAUACUAAGAUUGCUCUCAUCACAGUGUCAGACAAAGACACUGACAUCAACGGCAAGGUCAUUUGUUUCAUAGAGAAGGACGUGCCCUUCCAUCUCAAAGCUGUGUAUGACAACCAGUAUCUGUUAGAGACAUCCGCGCUGCUUGACUACGAGGGGACCAAGGAAUACAACUUUAAAAUUGUAGCGUCAGACUCUGGAAAACCGAGCUUGAAUCAGACAGCCCUGGUAAGAGUGAGGCUGGAGGAUGAGAAUGACAACCCACCUAUUUUUACUCAGCCAGUUAUUGAGCUGGCUGUUAUGGAAAACAACAAGCGUGACCUGUUCCUCACUACUCUCAGCGCCACAGACGAGGACAGUGGGAAAAACGCAGAGAUAGUUUAUCAGCUGGGACCAAAUGCAUCAUUCUUCGAUCUCGACCGCAAAACGGGGGUCCUGACCGCAUCCAGGGUUUUUGACCGGGAGGAUCAGGAUAGGUUCCUCUUCACUGUAACGGCGAGAGAUAACGGGACACCCCCUCUGCAAACGCAGGCAGCUGUUAUUGUAACCGUGCUGGAUGAAAAUGAUAACAACCCUAAGUUCACACAUAACCACUUUCAAUUCUUUGUGUCUGAGAACCUUCCUAAAUACAGCACUGUGGGGGUGAUAACUGUGACAGAUUCAGAUGCUGGAGAAAAUGCUGCUGUUUCUCUUUCCAUACUGAAUGACAAUGAGAACUUUAUACUGGAUCCUUACUCUGGGGUGAUAAAAUCUAAUGUGUCAUUUGAUAGGGAGCAGCAGAGCUCCUACACGUUUGAUGUUAGGGCUGUGGACAGUGGCAGGCCUCCUUGCUCCUCAGCUGCCAAGGUGACCAUCAACGUCAUCGAUGUGAACGACAACACCCCCAUUGUCAUCUACCCCCCCUCCAACACAUCUUUCAAGCUUGUUCCUCUGUCCUCCAUCCCAGGAUCUGUGGUCGCAGAGGUGUUUGCGGUAGAUGGUGAUACAGGGAUGAACGCGGAGCUCAAAUACACUAUUGUGAGUGGAAACAACAAGGGUCUGUUCAGAAUUGACCCUGUCACAGGAAAUAUUACUCUGGAGGAAAAACCAGCACUGACUGACAUAGGCCUACACAGAUUAGUGGUCAAUAUCAGUGACCUGGGCUAUCCCAAAUCUCUCCAUACUCUGGUGUUGGUAUUUCUGUAUGUCAACGACACUGUGGGCAAUUCAACUCUCAUAUACGAUCUCAUCCGACGCACCAUGGAGACACCAAUUGACCGAAACAUUGGCGAAAGCAGUGAAACUUAUCAAAGUGGCGACUAUUUAACCAUAAUGAUAGCCUUCGUUACUGGUGCCUUCGUGGUGAUUAUCGUCAUCUUUGUCACUGUGCUGCUGCGCUGUCGCCACGCUUCCAGGUUCAAAGCUGCACAGAGGAAAAAACAGGGGGCUGAGUGGAUGUCACCCAACACAGAGAACAAGCAGAAUAAGAAAAAGAAGCGCAAGAAAAGGAAAUCCCCAAAAAGCUCCCUGCUCAACUUUGUCACCAUAGAGGGGAACAAACCUGACGAUCCUGCCCACGAGCCAAUCAACGGAACCAUCAGCCUGCCGACGGAGCUGGAGGAGCAAGGGAUUGGACGCUUUGAUUGGAAUGCCACACCCACCACAACCUUCAAACCCAGCAGCCCAGACCUGGCCCGGCACUACAAGUCCGCCUCGCCGCAAUCGGCCUUCCACCUCAAGGCCGACACGCCGGUCUCAGUGAAAAAGCAUCACGUGAUUCAGGAGCUCCCAUUGGAUAACACAUUUGUUGGGGGCUGUGACACCCUUUCCAAGAGGUCCUCCACGAGCUCCGACCACUUCAGUGCCUCAGAGUGCAGCUCCCAAGGAGGGUUCAAGACGAAGGGGCCCAUGCACACCAGACAGCAGGGAACAUUAACCCGUGCCCGAACUGAACUGAACCCUGAAUAUCUGGACCUUCGUCCACGAGCCGAGCUGAACCCUGAAUACUGGACCCCUUGCACCCCUUUAUCGCAGCGGCGCGUCACGUUUCACCUGCCGGAUGGCUCUCAGGAGAGCUGCAGUGACAGCGGUCUGGGGGACCACGAGCCUGUAGGCAGUGGCUCCCUCCUCACACAACCUCUCCCUCUGGUGCAGGCGCAGGACGACUUCUACGAGCAGGCCUCCCCUGAUAAGAGGACUGAAGCUGACGGCAACUCCGAUCCCAACUCUGAUGGCCCCCUGGGACCUCGUGGCCUAGUGGAAGCUACAGAGAUGUGCACACAGGAGUGCCUAGUCCUGGGACAUUCAGACAACUGCUGGAUGCCCCCGACAUUGGGAACAUACCAGCAGCCCAAGUCGCCUGUGUCCAGCUUUGGGUCUCAGAGGGAGUGGGGUCCCAAGGACAAACUCCUCAAUGGACAUACUCUGACCAGAACCUGGAAAAAUGAUAGUGGGCGGUCAGAGCAUUUUGGUGACAGGAAGCAGUUUGGUAGCGGAGAAGGACACUUCACCAGCAGUGGUAUGGCUGAUAUUCCAUUAGUGAGUCUGAAGUCCUGCCAGCCAGCCUCCUGCCCAGAUAGCCCGAAGGACCAGCAGCUAUAAGACGGACUUUGCUUCUGCACUGUGUGACGUCCUUACACCUGGACCCUUCAAACAGACGAAGCUACUCACCUUUGCACCUCUCCUUGUUUUAUUCUUUUCUUUCUUGUUUCAUCUCUUCCCACUUAAGUUGGAGCUUCUGCAGUGUGAUAGCCACAUGAACUAUGUAGGCCACAAAACUAUAGUGCUUAUGCUGUGUUCUCUACAAAUUCAACUUGACUAUGGCUCUAGAAGGAACCUUUUUUUUUAUGAACCUCCAUUGAUUUCUUCAACGACGUACAGUAACAUUUUCCGUCCACUUCAUGUGCGAUUUGGACAAGUUGGAGGAAGGACACGUGAAAAAUUGAGAAAAAGAAAACAAAUUACAAGAAGAAAAAAAAACUACUAUGGCUGACCAAUAUAUACAAAUAUUUGUUGUGUGGUUGUUAUUGAGUUGUUCAGGACUAUAUUAAUCGACACAAUCAAAGAAAAUGGAAUUACAUUUCAGAAAGUGUUGUUCUAAUGACACUGUUAGUGGACACUUGUUUAUUCUGUCAUUGUCUGUGUGUUUGUAAAUAAGACUUAUUAACCACUAUCAUGUAUCUGUAAUAACCACAGUGAAUAGGACAGUUCUUGGCUGUUGUUAUCAUAAUGGCUUGUCAUCAGGAUUUGAGAUUUCAACUGGAAAACGAUCUAUAAUGUGGCAUAAUGUACAAGAAGAAAACAUUUACCUAAUUCUUUAAAAACCCUAUGGUUGAUUUUGAAACAAAUUUCCAUCCCGUAAUAUACUCAGUGUUGCCCAUAUCUCAUGAUGAUUUUCUUUAAGUACUGCAAAACCACAGGCAAACCUUUUUUUAAAAAAAAAACAUUUUGUAUGAAGGAUGUCAGUGCUCAAUAUGUGCAUUAUAAGAAUGAAAAGCUCUGAAAGCUCUCCUCUAUAAACUGAUUUUGAAAGUGUUCAGUACAAUUAAAUAGCAAUAUAUUUGUAAAUGGCUAAAUGUUUUAUCUAAUGUUGAUCUUAUUACUGUAUAGAUUUUAUUCAAAUUGUGAUUUGACUGAGUGCAAUCCCUCAGUAGUACCUGCAAUUUAUUGACAUGUGUAUAUAUUAUUUCCACAGACUAUUAUUUUCCAUAUGUAAGAAAACACAGGUUAAGAUAACACUUUUAAUCACUGUGCCUUCAUGAGGUUUCUUCAAACACUGAAUUGUUCUUAUUUCAAUGACGAGAACAUGUUGGCUACAAAGAAUUUCCUGUCUGAUAAUGAAAUGCCUUAUGCAUUGAAUGUUUGCCAAAUUUAGAGACAUAAUCACACAGAUACUGAAGUACAAAAAUCAAGUCGUUGGUACUGAAGCAAAACAGAGAGGCAUGUGCCAGAUUAUGGGUCAACCAUGAAAGAUCAUCUGUCAUUCCACUGUCUGAAAAGGUUUGUUUUAUUCCACAGCAUGGAAGGCAAAUUACACAAUGGAAAAGCAUGCUAAAAGAUAUAGCUUUUGAAACUAACUUGAUCAUUUUUGUGUCAUUUUAUUUUGUUGGAAUAGAGUUGAUUUGUGCAUUAAGGAGACAUUCAGUUUGUAAAGCACUUUUCAUAUUUAUGUCACGAUAUAAAGAACUUAAGUGGGAUGGAGUGAUUUGCUUAUCGCAGUAUGUUUGUCAGUUGUGAGGGUGUUUGACAUCACAAAUACUGAAACAGUUAAUCCUUGUUACUACUCUACAGGUAUACAGCUACUGCAAUAAAUGUUUUAAUUAUG